CUUCCUUUAAAUGGAACAUCUCUUGGCAUUUUCGUUCUGAUAAGCUCUCGUGUGUGUCCUUCUUAUACUCUGAGAGGCAUAGACCGAAACAAAAACUAAACAAAGACACACACACAAAACCAGAGAGACAAAUAUGGAGAGCGCGAUUUCAGGAGUCGAGGAGAGCGGUCGAACCUUGAUCAUCGGCUCGAGUGGGUUCAUUGGGCAGUUCGUGGCGGAGGCGAGCCUGGCGUCCGGUCGGCCCACAUACCUUCUGGUUCGGGGUGGUCGCAUGAGCUCCUGCAAGGCGAAAGCUAAUGCUAUCAUGUCUCUACAAGAGAAAGGAGCCAUCAUACUUCAAGGAUCAUUAAAUGACAAAGCGACGAUGGAGAAGACAUUGAAGGAACACAAGAUUGAGAUUGUGAUAUCAGCAGUUGGUGGAGGAAGCAUUUUAGAGCAGUUUGUUCUUGUUGAGGCCAUGAAAUCAGUCGGCACUAUUAAGAGGUUUGUGCCAUCUGAAUUCGGGCACGACAUAGACCGAGCAAACCCAGUGGAACCAGGGUUGGCCAUGUACAAGGAGAAGAGGGAAGUGAGAAGGCUGGUCGAAGGCUCCGGCGUGCCCUACACCUACAUCUGUUGCAACUCGAUCAUGGCCUGGCCUUACCACGACAACACCCAUCCCGCCGACGUACUCCCACCAUUGGACCGCUUCCACAUCUACGGCGACGGCACCGUCAAAGCUUACUUCGUGGCGGGCAGCGACAUUGGGAAGUUCACUAUGAAAUGUCUCGACGACGAUCGGACCCUGAAUAAGACGGUCCAUUUUCGACCUUCCACAAAUCUCCUGAGCAUCAAUGAGCUUGCAUCUUUGUGGGAGGAGAAAAUAGGGUUCAAGCUCCAAAGAGUUACCGUAACUGAAGAUGACCUCCUUUCUGCUGCCCAAGAUAUGGUGAUCCCGCAAAGUAUUGUCGCUGCGCUAACCCAUGACAUAUUCAUAAAAGGAUGCCAAGUCAAUUACUCUUUGGACGAGCCGAGCGAUGUUGAAGUGACCUCUCUGUAUCCCGACAUGCCUUUUAAGACGGUCGAUGAAUGUUUUGGUGAUUUCGCCAAGAAGAUUGCAGAUGUGCCCAAGGUAGUCGAGGAUUAAGGACAUAGAAUCGGCAUCAUCUCGCCCAAGUCUAAGCCGGAAGUCUUGGUUCUCACUGCUUAAAAUAAUGUUGUGUUGUCCAAGUCUACUUGUGAUUGCGUCUUCGUGAUAAUGUUAUAAUUGAUCUUGCGUUCUUCACGUUGUAUCCCCCAAGAUGUUCUUGGUUGGUGAGACUUGACUCGUUCUUGAGAAAGAUCGCCAGGGAAAUUCAUCAGCUGGAUCAUCAUGCAUUAGUUACAUAUGUACUCGUGCAUACUUUCAUACAUAUAAAUCGAGCAACGAUUCUUUUGUCAA